GCUGGCUCCAAUCGCAGCUCGUACCACGUCAACCAAGGGCAGCAACCGCACAUCCUGUUCGGUGACCGUCAGCACUGCACGCAAGAUUCGAACUAUAAAUUUCAUUUUCACUUUCACUUUGCGACACCAUGGAGCCCGACCGACGCUUUGCCUGCCCCGUUGACGGCUGCAACAAGCGCUUCAAGCGCAAGUUUACCUUGCACGAGCACCAGAAGACACAUUUGGGACUGCGGCCAUUCGUCUGCGUCGAGCCAAACUGCGGCAAGCGUUUUACCACAUCUGGCAAUCUUGUCCGGCAUUCGCAUACGCACCGCGUUCAAAAGCCGUUUGGUUGCGCUUGGAACGCGUGCGCCAAGACCUUUUGCUCACGCGAGAAGCUCGUGCGCCACCUCUCAACGCACGUCGGACUGCAGCCGUACGUCUGCCAUAUCUGCGGGCGGUCCUUCUCGACGUCCGGCAACUUGUCGCGGCACAUGACCAUGCAGAUGCAUACGAGCACCGAAGUCGAUGCGCGAUCGAGCAUGUGGAGGGACCUAAGCCAGCUCCUCUCCGACGACAACGAGCUGCUUGGCAGUGCGAAGAAGCAGCGAUGCCGCAUCGCCGAAGAGAUUGCCAUGCCCCGCGAAUCAGCCGACUUCGAGCCGAUCCAAGCACCCACGUUGAGCUUCGCCAACCUUUGCAGCGUUGAGGGGCUGUUGUUUGGCGAUGGUGGGAUGUACUAGUAUCGUCUCUAAGACUGAAAUGACCCACAAUGCAUUUUUACGUGUCCC